AGGCUGAGGAGGAGGAGAAGGCAGCGAGGAGCCGCUGUGUUUGUGUUUGCAUGCUUCGCCAUUAGAGCUCCGGGUGAAGGGGCACAAGGAGGAGAAGUGGAGGAGAGGAGGAGAUCCUCUGGUCAUGUCACCACGGCUGGACCUGGCUGAUCACAGGAGCAGGGAGACACUGUGAGGAGGAGAACCUGAGACUCCACCGGGGGAAGGAGGAGGAGGUGAAGUCAACGCUCUGUCAUGACAUUGUUGGAUAAACGGGUCGACGGACGGAGUGGUCUUCACUCGCGUGUCAACAGGAAUUUGCAUUGAAGGAAGGCAGAGUCGCUGCUGCCUGCGUGUCCGAGCCGCUGAAGGACUUACAGAGUGUGUGUGAGAGUGUUUGUGGGUUAGUGUGUGUGUUGCUGUGUAACCGGUGGAGGGCAGAGGAGUGGAGGGCCAGGGGACUAACCUGGCCAUCAAACGGACUGGCAGCCUCUCCUCUCCUGGGAUCAUGUACCCUCAGGGCAGGCAUCCGGUCCCAUUGCAGCCUGGCCAGUCUUUCAAGUUCACAGUCCUGGAAACUCUGGACCGCAUCAAGGAGGAAUUCCAGUUCCUCCAGGCUCAGUAUCACAGCCUGAAGCUGGAGUGUGAGAAGCUGGCCAGCGAGAAGACGGAGAUGCAGAGGCACUACAUCAUGGUGAGUCCAAUCACACCUUCAGCACAGCUACACGGCGAUUUGUUAUUCCGGCCGCUCAGAAACUCUGACAAGAGUCUGAUGGGUUCUUAUGCAGGACUUACAGUCUGGGGAGUUGUCUGUGCGCUUUUUCAUCAGCCGGAUUGAUGGCUGGUGUUCAUGGAAGCUCUGUUUGUCUUCCUGUUUGCCUUUUGUUCCUCUGCUGCUCAGGAUCCCUUCUUUUUCUUUACUUCACUGUGUCAUAUUAGUUUCUCACUUCAUUUAGAUUAAUAGACGCACUGAAUCCCUGGUGACUAUUUACUCUACUUACAUGCGUUUUAAAAAUC